UCCUUCCCGAUACCCUUCCCGACAUGUCAACCGGCGGUGCUGCACUGCUGCUGCUGUGCCUGAGACACUCUAAUGCGUGGACCCCUUGCUGCGCAGCGAGAGCCCCGGUACAUGUGGUACGUUAGUUACUACUAGCACCGAACCCCUAGGUGGUGAAGGAGCCCUCGUCGUCCACAUGGCAAUGGACGGGAGGAACUCCGCCAAGGCGACCAGGCGGCGGACGCCCCAGGCGUGUAACACUUGCCGGAGACGCAAGACCAAGUGCGAUGGUGUCCGUCCCCGGUGUCGACACUGCACAAACCGGGGCAUUGCCUGCCACUGGCCCAGCCCGGGCAUUGAGCCGCUCCUCCUGUCGUCGCCUGAUGGCUCUUCAGAUAGAGCUGCGGCCAACUACCUGCUCGCUGCAGAGCCGGCGGUGCUGGGGCUGAGACUACCGGAGAAGCGAGUGCUGCGUCGCUGCUUCGAGAUCUUCUUCGAGUACCACUUUGCCGAUAAUUUCUGUUCCUUCUUGUACCGGCCGGAUCUGGAUGGAGAUGUAGUGGACUCGCCGUUCCUGUCUGCGGCGAUGCUGUGUCUCUCCUCUCGGUAUCUGACUGCCGACGAGACACAUGACUUCUUCGGCUUGGCCUCGGGUCUGGAUGUGUGCAAGACCUACACGCCGCUUGCGCGCGCUCUGGCGAGGGCAUCAUCGGAUGACCCGUCUGUUGCCAACAUCCAGGGCAAUCUCGUAUUGGCCCUUUCCGAGUUUAUCAACAAUGAGGGCUCAAGCCAUUGGAUGUACGCUGGCACGGCCAUCCGCAUGGCGCAGAUCAUGCGUCUCAACAAGGAGUACCAUCAAAGUCACACCCUCAAGGAGCAGGAGAUUCGCCGCCGGACCUUUUGGGCAUGCCUGUUCAUGGACAAGCUACUGGCCUUUUUCCUAACCAAACCGCCCACCCUGGCAGCCAUCAACAUUGCCUGCGCUCUGCCCGGCACCGAUGCCUCGUUGGCGUAUCAGGAGCCGACGAGGGGCAUCACCGUCGCGACAAUCGGGUCCUUCGCUGGCUUUCCCUCCGAAAUUGGCAUUCUGCCGUACUUGAUCAAGACGGUAUGUCUGUACGGUGAUAUCGUCGACAUGAACGUGUGCAACCACCGCUUUGUAGACAAGGCGCAGCCGACGGAUCCCCUAAGCACUUUCCACCAGAGCCAUGACGCCAUGAAGAUCUGGGUGGACGCGCUGCCCCCGAGUUUGACCUGGUCAGAGCAAAAUUACGCAAAUCAUGCUGCGCUCGGCCAGGGCAAGGCCUUUGUCGCCAUCCACUUCCUCACGCGCAGCGCCUUUUGCGUGGCACACCAGGCCUAUCUGCCCCAGCUCGACGGAUCGUCUAUCCUCGUCGAUGCCGUUGACGCGGCAGGCUGGUCUCUAUUGCACCGCGAGCCCGAGCUGAUAGCCACGUGCGUCAGCAAUGCCUUGGCCACGGCGACCAUGGCGUCGUAUCUCUAUGGCAGCAGCGCCAGGGCAAGGUCAGAUCUUCAGUCCGUCUGGGUCGCCGCGUCGCUCUUUUCUGUAGCCAACACGCUGCUCUGGCUGCAGUACUCCAACGACCCGCUAUACGCGGAUGCAGCCACCAUCGAGAAGGCGGAGGCCUUCUUCAACCUCGUUCUAGACAUCAUGAACCUCUGGGGCGUGCAUUGGCGCGCCGCGCGGCAGUGGAUGAACACGUUCAGGGCCAUGCGGGCCAUGUACCGCGCGGCAUACCUGGGCGAAGUGGACGACACCAUACUGCUUGGCGGCGACGAACUGACGGGCUCGUCCGGACCAGGGGCGACGGCGGCGGAUGAGGAGAGCCCUUCGUCGGGCGGCUACCGGCCGCGGCCCGGAGACGGGUACAUUUCGCUGAACGUUGUGCCGAGCUUGUACGACUCGCUGCGGUUUCUGGCGAGCGAUACGUCUGCAGAGCCCAAGAGGCUGCAGUCGGUGUGGAUGCAGUUUGCGAGCGGGUGGCCGAUCGACUUUCUCAAUGAAAUGCCCCCGGGGGAGUCUACGGUUGACUCAGAGUGUCCAUAGAAACC